AUUACGGAGGGAAGGAUACGAAAGAUUCCAGGGCUUGUCCUGGUUCGGCCGCAGCUCCCCAGGCCGAGGGGUCGCCGUGGCAACGGCCGCGUCCUGCCGGGCCUGGCCGGGCCGGGCCGCGGGUGGAUCCGGCCGGGCCGCGCCGGGACCGGAGCACCUGGACACAGCUCCCGGGGCCUGAGGAGCACCUGGACACAGCUCCCGGGGCCUGACAAGCACCCAAGCUUUGGAAACAUGGCUAAGGUUUCGCAUGAGUCUGAAACCACUUCGGACAGUACAGCACCCAGAGAAGAACAGGAUGACAAUGCCAGCAUGGAGCAGUACCUGAGAAACAAAAACCUUGUUCUGGAUUUCCUGCGCUCUGACCUGAACCCCCACCACCUCCAGUACCACUGGAACAAAGUUCAUCUUCUGAAGAAGUGUUACUUUUACUUGAAGUUUGAACCCAGACACGUGUGCGUGAGAGACCAGAACAAUAUGAUGAUUUUUGCUGACAUCUUGCAAAUAGCAAACCCCUGCCAAUUACAGAAGAUCAAGAAGGUGGGAAAAAAACAGACUGAAAUCCAGCUGGCACUUUUAACUGAGCUGUUGGAACAGUUGGAACGAGGUCGGGAGGAGCUCAGCCGUUACGUACAGAUCUGUGACGUGGAAACUUUCCUCUCCCAGUGGGACUUGAAUAUAAAGAGAGUGCUCAAGCUCUCCAUGUUUUUCAAUAAGCUCAUCUCCUUGGAGGAGCCAAGGAAGCUCCAUGUCAAGCAUAGUUUGGUGUCACAGAUACAUCUUGGAGGUGCUCUACACCCUCCCAUUAAUUUUUCUAUCUAUACUAAGAAGCCGCCGAUUUUUGAUCGGAUAGAGUCGUUUGCAUGCCAGACCUGGGCCCAGCUCAAAUGGUUCACUGAAAGUCAGGAGUCACACCUUGAACGAUGGCAGCUGGAGAUCAAGCUCGUGACAGAUGACAGUCAGACAGAGCCAGGAUACGGUCGGACCCAGGAAGUCAUCUCCAACCCGUGUGUAAUCAACCACCUGCUGCCUGGCAGGUUGUAUGAGUUCAAAGUGAGGAGAUCCGACACUCACACGCUCGUCUAUUCGCAGUGGCACGACUGCAUUGUAUUGAAGACAAAAACUCACCCUACUGAAGACACCAAAGAAGCCCCCAACCGCAGCCUGAUGAGGCGGCUCUCGAGACCGACUCCCCCAGUUUAA